AUGUAUUCAAAUAUUGACAAUACAUCUUCGAAAAUUAUCUCAAGUAAUGGUACUACCUCCCACGAACCAAUAACAACUGUAACAUCAAUCAAUGUGGUUGAUUAUCAUUCACUUAUUGUCAAUGGAAUUAAUGAAUGGUGUUUAAAGAAUGGACGUGAUCUAAAUCUAUUUGACUUGAAACUCAUCGAAGGCAUCGACUAUUUGCUGACAAUUCCUUCAUACAACAACGAUUCUGCUCUUAUUCGUUGCGGCUGUCGAGCAUCAGCUAGACUGCCAAGACAAGGAAACAACUUUCAAUUAUCCAACUAUUAUCGACAUUUAAAAACAGGAAAAUGCUCUAUGCUUAAAUCGAAAUUUCAACCAAUUCCUGUUCAUGAUAAUGAUGCACAUGAUAUUAUUGAUACUAUCGAGCAAUCAUCGUCAGAACAAACAAUAAUUAUGGAAAAUACUCAGAUAUUAUCUUUUGAUUCUAAUUCUUCAAUUCGUUCUAAACGAGCAACAUCUUCAUCAAAUCAUGCUCAUCGAAAGAAAAAACGUCAAAGAAAAUUCAUGUAA